ACGUCGUCGGUCACGUGAUGGUCCAUCUAUGUGGUGACAGAGUCCAAAACAGUCCACUGAAGACAAACACACUCUUCUUCUACGAUGACAGAUAAAGUUAAAGAGCUCGUGUCAAAGUGCCUGCAGGCCCGGGACAUGGCAUACUGUCCAUACAGCAGCUUCCCAGUUGGUGCCGCCAUAUUGUCAGCAGAUGGCGCUAUAAUCACAGGCUGUAAUGUGGAGAACGCCUCCUAUGGUCUGACUGUGUGUGCUGAGCGGACUGCCAUCCAGAGGGCCGUGGUGGAGGGACACAGACAGUUCACUGCUAUUGCUGUUACAUGUGAUAUCAAAGACCGUUUUGUUGGGCCGUGUGGAGCAUGUCGUCAGGUUCUGAUGGAGUUUGGGUCAGAUUGGGUAGUGUACUUGACAAAGCCAGAUGGGUCUUACAAAGAAACCAGCCUCAGUGAACUGUUGCCUCUGGCCUUUUCCCCAGAACACCUUGGAAAGAACUGAAAAAGCCUCAGCAGCAUCUCAACACAUCACCUUUUGUUACUUUUGUAGUUUUAGUUUCAAAAUCUGCAGAAUUAUGUUACAAAAACUGAGAAUGUGGUCACAAUAAAAAAAUCCCC